UAAAAUAGCUGCUUUCCUUUGGAAAAAUUGCUUAUUGCACAGCACUGACAAUGCUGGGUCCUUAACCCGCUGAGCCACCAAGGAACUCCCACCAAUGUUUUUAACAUUAAAAGGCAUUUUCACAUAUAUCAUCCAGAAGGUGUGCUUUUUUCCUUUUGUCUUUGUAGUUUGGUUACAUACUAAACUGGUAGUUUGGUUACAUAGCCACCACACCUCUUAACCUACAAGUCAGAUUUAUCUAAUUCUGUAGUUAACUAUUUUUUCAGUUAUGAUGGUAAACAUUUUCCCAUCCUUUCUACAAGAUGUAAAUGUUCUUUUGACAAAGACACUUUGUCUUAGUCCCUCAAGGUGGCUAUAUCAAAAAUACCAUAGACUCGGGUAGCUUAUAAAUAACAAACAUUUAUUUCUCACAGUUCUGGAGGCUGGGAAGUCCGAUCAUGGCACCAGAUUCUGUAUCUGGUAAGGACUUCCUAGUUCAUAGCCAUAUGGCUGGCUUUUCACUGUGUCCUCACACAGUGGAAGGGGUGAGUGAGCUCUUUUUAUAAAGGAACUAAUCCCAUUCUUGAGGGCUCAUCCUAAGAGGGGCAACCCAUUCAUAACCUCAGCACCUCCCAAAGGCCCAGCUCCUAAUUCUGUCACCUCAGGGUUAAUAUUUUAGCAUAUGAAUGGGGCACAAACAUUCAGCCUCCAGCAGACAAAUAAAAUGUUAGAUUGAUGCUCCCUCUACCUCCUUAGCCAGAAUCUUUGGACUCAAGAAAAUAAAAAUCAUCCUCUGUACUGCAGAGGACUUUUUCUUACCUUUGCCAUAUCUUAUCUCUGCUUUUAAAUACAUUGAAACUGACCUGAGAUUGCCUUUCAUUUCAAGGUCUCCUACUGGUAUGUGAAACACUAUGUUUUUCUCCUCUCCUUCCCUCUCCCUCGUCCCUUUCUGCAUAUAGCCAAGAUCUUGUCAGUGUGAGACAGAGAGGCUUUCACUUCCAAGACAUCAUCAAUUCAGAGAUGGUUCGGAAUACAGGUUUCUUUCCCCUGGUGGCCAGUUGGGUGCAAUGUGGAAUAAGGAUAAUGACAUUUCCACAUCAGCCUUACAUAAAAAUUAGCUGAUAUUCAAUAAUUAAAACAGGCUUAGAAAAUGCAAAGUUUCACAUUGGUGCCAAGCCUUCUCGUUAUAAUUUUAUGCUUCUUCCUUUUUAAGGAAUUUAACUGUCCUGUGAUUCCCAAUGUAUGCCAAAAUUGCUGUUUUUCUCUCUUUUUUUAAACAUCCUUCCAAAGGAACCAGUUUUGAAUUGAAAACUAACGCAUGUUGAGUGGGAAAUGCCGGUUGCUAGCCUUUUUCUAGGAAAAUAUUUUGCUGAAAGUUUUCUCUCUCUUCUCUUCUGGGGCCCCUUAUCGUGCCAGGUUGAACGAGUGGAGACUUCUAUAAGACAUGGAUAGAUGCAAACAUGUAGGGCGGUUGCGGCUCGCCCAGGACCAUUCCAUCCUGAACCCUCAGAAGUGGUGCUGCCGGGAGUGCGCCACCACCGAGUCCGUGUGGGCUUGUCUCAAGUGCUCGCACGUGGCCUGUGGCCGCUACAUCGAGGAUCACGCCCUCAAACACUUCGAAGAGACCGGACACCCGCUAGCCAUGGAGGUCCGGGAUCUCUACGUGUUCUGCUACCUGUGUAAGGACUACGUGCUCAACGACAACCCGGAGGGGGACCUGAAGCUGCUGAGAAGCUCCCUCUUGGCGGUCAGGGGCCAGACGCAGGACCUGCCGCUGAGGCGCGGGCGGACGCUGCGGUCCAUGGCCUCUGGCGAGGACGCCGUCCCGCCGCAGCGCGCCCCUCAGGGACAGCCGCAGAUGCUCACGGCUCUGUGGUACCGGCGCCAGCGCCUGCUGGCCAGGACGCUGCGGCUCUGGUUCGAGAAGAGCUCGCGGGGCCAGGCCAAGCUGGAGCAGCGACGGCGGGAGGAGGCGCUGGAGCGCAAGAAGGAGGCGGCGCGGCAGCGGCGACGCGAGGUGAAGCGGCGGCUGCUGGAGGAGCUGGCCAGCGCCCCUCCGCGCAAGAGCGCGCGCCUGCUGCUGCACGCGCCCCGCGCCGCCGCGCCGCGCGCACCCGCCCCGCGCGCACCCGCCGGGCCCCGCCCCGUCCCGCGCCGCGCGCCCGCCAUGGCCCCGGGCGUCACGGGCCUGCGCAACCUGGGUAACACCUGCUACAUGAACUCCAUCCUGCAGGUGCUCAGCCACCUGCGCAAGUUCCGCGAGUGCUUCCUGAACCUCGACCCGUCCAAGACGGAACAGCUGUUUCCCAGGGCGGCCAACGGCAAGGCCCCGCUCACAGGCAGACUGGCCAGCAGCUCGGCCACCGAGUUGUCGCCCAGGAGCGACGGGGCCGAGACCUGCGAACGCGAAGGCCUCUGCUUGAACGGCGGGGCCUCCCUAAGCAGGAGCCUCGAACUCAUUCAGAACAAGGAGCCCAGCUCGAAGCACAUCUCCCUCUGCCACGAACUGCACACCCUCUUCCGUGUCAUGUGGUCCGGGAAGUGGGCCCUGGUGUCGCCCUUCGCCAUGCUUCACUCCGUGUGGAGCCUGAUCCCCGCCUUCAGAGGCUACGACCAGCAGGAUGCGCAGGAGUUUCUUUGUGAGCUGUUGCACAAAGUGCAGCAGGAACUCGAGUCCGAGGGCACCACACGCCGGAUCCUCAUCCCCUUCUCCCAGAGGAAGCUCACCAAGCAGGUCUUAAAGGUGGUGAACACCAUAUUUCACGGGCAGCUACUCAGUCAGGUCACAUGUAUAUCAUGCAAUUACAAAUCCAAUACCAUUGAACCCUUUUGGGAUCUGUCCCUGGAAUUCCCUGAGCGCUAUCACUGCAUUGAAAAGGGGUUUGUCCCUUUGAAUCAGACAGAGUGCCUGCUCACUGAGAUGCUGGCCAAGUUCACAGAGACAGAGGCCCUGGAAGGGAGAAUCUACGCUUGUGACCAGUGUAACAGCAAACGACGAAAAUCCAAUCCAAAACCCCUUGUUCUGAGUGAAGCUAGAAAGCAGUUAAUGAUCUACAGACUACCUCAGGUCCUCCGGCUGCACCUUAAAAGAUUCAGGUGGUCUGGCCGUAAUCACCGAGAGAAGAUUGGGGUCCAUGUCGUCUUUGACCAGGUAUUAACCAUGGAACCUUACUGCUGCAGGGACAUGCUCUCCUCUCUUGACAAAGAGACCUUUGCCUAUGAUCUCUCCGCGGUGGUCAUGCAUCACGGGAAAGGGUUUGGCUCAGGACACUACACAGCCUAUUGCUACAACACAGAGGGAGGUUUUUGGGUCCACUGCAAUGACUCAAAGCUGAAUGUAUGCAGUGUCGAGGAAGUGUGCAAAACUCAAGCCUACAUCCUUUUUUACACUCAAAGAACAGUUCAGGGCAAUGCAAGAUUCUCAGAAACCCAACUCCAAACUCAGGUGCAGUCCAGCAACAACAAUGAGGGCAGACCACGGACCUUCCCCUGAAUGGGAGGCAUGUAUCAAGGACUGGCUUGCUUUUAAACUACUGGUGUCUGUACAUCCUUCCUCUAUAGGAAAUAAGGUUUACUGCAGGAACAGAUACACUCGGUUUGCCUCACUGGGUCUAGAGCGCAGGUGCCAAGUGACUCAUGUCCUAUCAUAAAAUUUGUCGUCACUUUCUUUUAAAUGGGUUUAGAAAUUCCCUCCUUUGAGAAAACAAAUCAAAAGGAGUAACUUCUAUGAAGACUCAUCAGUUGCUUUUGAAUAUAGAGGGAUCUGGGUGGAGGAAAGAGGGAGUAAACUGGUCUUAUCCAGCCUUGUUUUUUUUGUUUUGUUUUGUUUUGUUUUUCCUCUCCUAUGUGAUUCCCUUGCUCAUCAGGACUCCUUGCAGCACCAGAAGCCUCCUGAUGUGAGCAGCCCUUGACAGAGCACAUCAGGAGGGGCCCUGGGUCAGCAACUUGCUGGAUAGGAUUGGUUCCAAGGGGGGAGGCAAAAUCUAAGGAUUUGCUCCUACAAAGAAGUAGUCCUCAAGGGUUGAAAACACAGACUUCCUUUUUUAGGGGGUGGCAGCUGAAGAGUGGAAUGAGAUGCAUGGAACAAAUUUCUCCAUGCAAAAUGAGGUUUUUCCUGUGUCACACCCUCCCUGGCUGCUGCUGUCAUUUAACCUUUCCACAUCCUCUGAGACUGGCAUGGCUGUCCCUUCAUUCUAAAGAAGGAGCAGUCCACGUGGGAAGCAUGACAACUCUCUGUGGUAUGGUGAGGUGAAGGGCACUCUUGCCUCCCCAGUUCUGUAGUAGAUCCCUGGUUCAGGUCGAGGGCAUGCACAUAGUUUGGUUUAAGGUGACUUUAGGUCAGUUCUGGAGCUUUCUCUGAACUCGGUUGGGGGUGCGGAGUGGGGGUAGCUGGUUGUCCAGGAUUUAUCUAAAUGCCAGUUACCUGUGCUUACCUUGGUGCAGCAUGCAGCUUUAUAUCUUGCCCCUGGAGGGCCAGACCAUUCCUGUUCACAAGGUGUGGGAGACUUUGCUUUUCUAAGGCUUAGGAGUCUGCCUCCUAUGUCCGAACAGUUUAUUGCUGAUGGCCCUGGCCUGUUUCCUCCCACAUCUGCUAAUCCCUACUGCUUCUUUACCCCACCUUCACUCAGUCCAUCACAGAGAAAAGCAAGAGUGCCCUAUCUUCAACUCCAGAGCUAGUGAAAUAUUUGUCUUUUUAAACUGGGUCAGUUUCUAAGUGGCAUGAAAACUGCCCAGAUGGAAACCCUCUGUCCCAUCAGGCACCACUGAAUUUCCUUCUCAAUCCUUCGCUUAGAUUCUCUAGUAAAAGUGAAAGCAAACCAUAACUCUCACUGUGGGAAUGCUGCAGCCCGCCUCGGCCCGUCACUCUGAAUGCUCAUCUUUUGACUGAGUGUGUCAUAUUCAUAUUUCAAUUCAGGUAGAAGUACACUUUGCCACCUGAAGAGAAUACAUGUGAAGGGAGCUUGGGGAGGGGUGGGAAGUUGGGAAAAAAGAGGCUGAAGAAUGAGGGUCGUAGCUUUAGCAACAUUGAGGGACUACAUUUCCCAAGCAGAUCUGUAGCAUUUGCUGUUGACCUCUUUUGAGAUGAAUUCUCCCAUAGGACCUGCCAGACAGCACUGAGACUUGGAGGAAAUCAGACAGAAAAUGGCUCACCCUGAUAAAGAAGGGGAGUAACUAUAUUUUAAAUUAAACUUGCUUUUUCCAACACUGUGAGGUUUCUGUAAUAUUUAGCUUUUAUUUGGAAGCGAUAGCGUAUGGCAUUUUUUAUGCUAUUUGGUUUGUAUUGUCUACUGCAGGCUUCUUUGUACAAGCUUGGCCUGGGCUUACCCUCGUCUGGACACUGUUUUAAAGUGUCGCAGCUGCCCAUGCUGCCAGAGGCUCUGAUGUGAAGCUGUAUUCUCUAGAUCUAUGUUUUUAAGUCCGCAUGAUUGGUGACAGCUAUUUGUGGCAAUAGAAAAGCCCACUGACUCAAAACAAACUGAGAGUAAAAAGAAAAGGAAAAUAUAAAUUGUACCUUGUCUACCAUUGAAUGCUAUUAUUUAUUAUUCUAGAAAAAGGGAACUUAAAGUACUGACAGAGCAUCUGCUUCACCCCUCAGACUGUCUGGGGGAGAUGCUUAAGAAAAGUACACAUUUAAUGGAAAAUUAAAAGGUCUUAAAAUUUAAUUUUUAAUAAUAGUUUUAUACCAAAUAUUAAGGCUUAUUAAGCAGAUUAAGGACUUUGUAAAAAAAAAAAGUGCUUAACUUAGCUGAGCACCCAUUGUAUCAAAUUAAUAAAAUCGUUUAAAAUGAGUUGGAAUAGAAAACAGUAUCAGAAUCCUCGAUGAGCUGCACACACUUGAAGGUGCCCCUGCAGUCACAGACAGACACCUCAGGUACCCAGAGGCAGCAGCACUAGACGCUGUUGAGUAGUAUUUAUGGAGAUUUUUAUUAAAGAAAAGAAUUUCCUGCUGCAUAAGCCAAUGGCUGUUGUGAGGGAAAUGUCCCUUUGCCUUUAAUUUAUUUACGUAUUGGAAGUAGAUGAAUUUCUUAGUUGCAUCUUACUUUAAGUUGAAACAUUCUAAAAAGAAAAUAAGAACCAGGUAGAAAUUGCCUAGAUGCUGCCAAAUCAAACCCAAGAUCUCCUAACUGAACCUUACCAGCCUGCUACUCUCCCAGACAAGAGUCCCAUUCUAGGAACCCUUUGUAGAUGGCUGGUGUGUUUACUUUCUGCUGUAGCCAGCCAAGAUGAAUGCACCCUGGCCCUCAAAAAGGAUUUUACCUCAAUCUAGCUUGACCCUCAUACUUGUGGUUGCCUCUGAGAUGAGCAUCCAUGCUAGUGUAAAAAAAAAAAGUUAGAAUGCCCUCGACGGCCACAAACUGAAGUUCUUAUUAAAUGGUGGGCAGACCUCAGUCCCUCUCAGGCUGAUGGGGGCAGUGCCACACUAUAAAGAAUUUCCAGACAUCUCUUAAAAUGUCACGAAUAAAAUCGGAAACUAUAGAAGUGUUAAUGUGUCCUAUGGACUCAAUAGCAGAGUUUAUUUUUGUUUUUAAUGGCAAGGCUUCUAGAGUCAAUGAUUGUAUGAGUUCCUCACUCUGGCUAUGCUUAUAGUUCCACCAAGCGCAAGAACGAAUGAGAUGGGUUGGCCGGCAGUGAGGCAUGGCCCUGGCCAGCCCCAGCAUAAACCCGAGAGAGGCUGACAGUAGUGCAGAAUGAAAACUUGGUUGGGUGUUUGGGGUGGGAUGGGGUGGGCAGGGAGGGAGAAAUGGAAUUUGUUUUACUUACUGAUAAAGCUUUGUGAACUAAUUUUAUACAAUUCAUAAAUUUUGGUGCCUUGUACCCAAUUAUGGUUUGCAUGGGAUUGAAAAGCUUAAGGGAAAGGAUUCCUUAUCAUUUCAAGUGGCAAAUGGGUCUGUAUAGUGUAAAGGACACUUGGUAUCAGAGUUUUGAAAAACGUUUCAUAUCUUGUGUGUGAAAGCAAAUUGUUCUUACCAGCAAGUUUGGAAAUUUUACUGUAAUGUCCAAAACCUCUGUAUUUUAUUAUUCAUCAAAUGUCUUCUUUUCAAGGCAGAUUGUGUACCCCAUUCUUUUCCACCACCCCUUUUAUGUUCCAAACAUUAACUCAGGCCUUUUAGAAUCAGGCUGGGAGGGCUGCCCCUUCCUAAACAUAUACUGGAUCCCUCUCUGGGGUUCUAUCUUAUGAGUAGAGGGGUCACUUUUCCAGCUGGUUGGGAGAGCACAAGUGUUCAGAAAAGGGUCUUUUAGUUUUUCUAAUGCUGGGCAACUUAUGGUAGAAGUCAAACAAAAAAGGUUCCUCCUGAAGUGGUACCUUCAUUAGUUCUGAAGUUCUUUUGCACAAAAUUUCAGGAAGCCAUCUAGAACACAAUCCCCUCUAUGUGAACAUUUAGACUGUAAGGCAAGCCUGUGCACUGUAUAACACGCAAAAAAGGCUCAAAGAACCUGCCCAGCACACCUGCAGGGCUGUUCACACAGCAUGUUCCUUUUACCUUUAGGUUUCCACUGAGCUUGUGGGACUUCACCACUUUAAAAAGCUCACCACUUGAAGCACAUUUGAUAAUUGGGUCCCUCAGCCUAAUUAGGUGAGGAGGAUGUAUCUUUGGAAUAAAAGCUCCCAUGGCCACUUAAGUUUUUUUUACCUGGUAAGUAUGCAUCUCCCCAGUGGUUCAGAUUCUUUUUUAAGUUAGCACUAAAGCUGAAAGCACCUUUUAAACGUGACUCUGAGUUUAGUUUAUAAUUUCCACGUUUAAAUUAACCAUUGUCUUGGUCUAGGGCUUUGAUUUAACCACUGCGUACUUGUUCAGCCCACACAUUGCUCUCAAUACACCAUAGCUACUAGAGCACUGAGAUGAACGGUCAUUUUUACGGACUCUUUCAAUAUUUCCUUCCGCUGGUAUGUUCCCAUUUCAAAUCUGACUGGUAGUGUGAGAGAAUUUCAUAAUGUGUUACCUAGCCUGGGCUAAACUUCAUAUGACAGGAUGUAAAACUGACUUCCCUUGAGGAGAAAUGUUAUGUGUUGAAAUGUGAAAGCCAGUACUUUCAUUUAUAAAAUCGAUUGUUCAUCAAAAUUUUGGGAAAUAGUAGAUUUGAUAGUUUUAUCUGCUAAAUUCUCAUCACGUUCAGGAAUUAAGCCAGUUUUAAUGAAACUUUACCUUACCAGCUUUAUGGCUUUAUAAACCAACCAAUAGUUAUUUGAAGCUAAAACAUUAAAUUUUGAGUGAAAUUUGAAUUAGGCUUUUAGAAACUGCCAUGACUUUAAUUUUGGCCAGAUCUCCAUUUUUAGCUUUGAAAAUAUUUAUCAAAUAGAACUAUUCCUGAUGAUGAGCAAAUCAGGUAGCAGACUUCAAGGAUGUAAGUUUUAUUCCUAUAAAGAACAGGAGGUGCUGGUAUUUCUAGGCUCAGCUGUGGUCUGAUGCAGGCUGAAGAGGCUUAGUGUCUAUGUUAUGGCUUAAGAGUAGCCUUCCUGGUCACCAUUUGGCAGGUGAUGGCCUCAAACGUAAGCUUUGCUUCAUUUAUGUUACCUUUCCUCAUCUCAACAAUCCAGUAGGAUCUAAACCUGUCAAAGCAUCUGUGGUCCCCACAUAGACUCUUAAAACAAUCCUGCCUUCGUGUUAAGCCAGCCACUGGCCUAAAUUCACAUAAGCUCAAACACCUUCCUCCUAACAGAUGGGACCUGAUUAGUGCUAAGAGAAUGGUGCUUUUUUUUUAACACGUAAAAAUAAUUGAAUGCUCUAACAGCUUUCUUAACCAGAUUUAUGCCGGCAGGGUCAAAAAGGACUAUUUUAUCCUAACUACCUUUAACAAACAGAUUGCUAGAGAAAACAUCUGUCAACUGUAACAAUAAGGCCUCUGUGGUGCAUUUAUACUGACCUUCCUUUCCAAUUCAUGUCCUUUAAUCCCACACCAGUUCCAUAGGAGACUUGGCACAGAAAGGCAGUGUGUAUUUUUUAAAUACCUAGUAGAGCAAAUCAACUAGAAGAAAUUGCCAAGGGGAGCCUAUCUCAAUGUCCACACUCUUCUAAGCCUACAUGAUUCUUUCCAUGCCAGCUCCGUACAUAUACCAUUUCCAAAGAAGCCCAAACUACUGGACAGUGGCACUACCACUGUAGGGUCAAAAAACAUCUAUUUCCUUGUGAAAGAAGCAGCUUCCUCAAGCAGUGUCACUUCAGUGUCCACUGCCCAGGCUUACUCACACUUUGCCUCCACCUGCACAUCACUGCCCUCAUACCCCACUGUAUUACAGCCACAAUGCCUCCCUGGUGCCUGGAGAACCCACCUGGUGCACUAAAAUGCUAUGCAACACCAAAAUGGCUUCUUCCCUUAGCACUGCUCAAAAAUGGAAAUUCCUCAAUGAUAAGCUUCAUCCUAUGUUAACAUCAGUGUAUGGUGGCUACAGUUUGUUUCUUUUUUUCUUUUAAUAUGAAGCAAACCACCUCUGUUACAAUUCAUGUUUGGGACUUGUUCCUGUCUCAGUGUGAAAUAGAAAUCAUGUUUUUAUGAUUUUUGUAAAUCUUGACUUUUUACACCUUGUUUUUGUAAGCCGAAGUUUCUUAUUAAAAGAAUAAAAUGGC